AAGAGCACCAACAUCUCCGGCACGCCCGUGACCAUGGCGCCGGAGGUCUGGAACCAGUCGUUCGGCGCGAAGUGUGACGUGUGGAGCUUGGGCGUCGUGCUCUUCCAACUGCUCUGCGGGAAACUCCCCUUCAUCGCGAAAACGUGCAAAAAGAAGGACUGGCUGGCGGUGCUGCGGCUCCCGCCAAACUGGGCGUUGUUGGACCACUGCUCCUUCCAGGCGCAGGCCUUGUGUCGGGCCAUGCUGACCUAUUCGGACACGUCAAGACCGAGCGCGAGUGAGUGCUGCCAAUACGACUGGUAUAAAUUUUUGUGAAGAAGGCUGGAGCUAACUUCCAGUCUUUGCUGGUGGUGUUCUAUUUAUUUUACCGCUUUUUGUCGUGUCGUCUGCAAAAUAAACUUCGGAACGUUAGUACGGAUCAUGGUCAUCUCGUUAGUUGUUCAAAUUCAAAAAUAAGCACACCGCAUCUACUUCACACAGGGUCCGCGACGCGAAUUCGCAAAAAUCUUCCCCCCUCCCCGAGAACGCCAUUCAGUCGCUGUGCCAAUUUCACGAAAGGUCGGAUUUGGAAAAAGUGGUGCGCUAUCAAAUGCAAAAAUGUCUGGGUCUGGAAAGUUGGAACUUGUGAUGCUAACUCUGGACUCUAAAAAAAUCUGUAUUGCAUGACCAGCAAGAGGCGCCACAUUUGUGCUACGCGAGGAGGGCAUUUGUCAUGCGGAAAUGACAUCAGGAAGCCUUCCAAAAAUCUGCGAUGCUGGGUCAUGCAUUACAAGCAUCAUGGGUCAUGCCAGACAAGCAGGACAAGCCUUCCAUUCUUCCAGACCCAGACAUUUUUGCAAUCCAUAUGCGCAUGCAGGUUGCUUCCCAGCUUUCCGCGAACAAACUGCCGAAGUUAUUGAAAGGAAAAACUCCCCCUCCCCAUAUCAAAAGGCAUGUUUCCGAAAAUUUGCGUUGCUGAUUUGAGGUCACAAAUCACGUUUGUCUUGCAAGAAGACAAGGGCAAAAGCUUCGCGCCCAUUAUGGAAGCGGUUUGUCAUGCUGUUGGGCCUAAAGGGCAGCCGUUUGCCAUGUUGAGCAACUAGACCGAUGCGUCUCUACAUGGCCUGGGGAUCUGGCCGCAAUGCCCUCCUGCAAUACAAAGCAUUUUUGUGUACGCAAAUCCAGCAUCAGAAAUUUCGUUUUGAUAUGGGGAGGGGGGAUUUUUCCCUUCGAUAGAAGUUGAACGCGAUCUUCAAGAAGUACGACGUGGACAACAACGGCACGCUCUCCAUGGAGGAACUGGCGCAGGCGUUGCAGGAGCUCGGGGUCGAGCAGUCCACGUGCCACCGAGCCGCGCAGGCCCUGGAUUUGGAUCAGUCGGGCGAAGUGGAGUACACGGAGUUUGUCGCGGGGUGUUUGAACUUCUUCGACGACAACCUGGACCACAUGCUGUGGCAGGCGUUCCAAAAGUUUGACAAGGACGGGUCCGGAUCCUUGUCCGUAACCGAGAUUGCGGAGCUGUUGAGCAAGGGGAGCGAAAUGGGGCUGGGAACCCUCUCGCCGGACGCGAACCAAGUGAAAGCCAUGAUCGCAAAGUUGGACACAAACGCCGACGGGGAGGUGGACUGGGAUGAAUUCCGAAGAUUUUUCACACCCAAGCUGGAGUAG